AGAAAAGAUGCGGGUCGCUUUAUUGUGGUGUUUAUUUGCUUUUCUAGGUUUCCACACGGGUUAAUUUGCUUGUGGUAUUUUGUGAUUAUAAUUAGUUCGCUGAAACAAACCAUAGUGUCUUCAUUAUAUAGUGUGUCAGGUUUUCGUUCUCAGUUUUAUUUUGAAAGGACUUUUCUGUUUUACCUUGUCAGGUUUUGGUUCCAGUUUCCGGUUUUAUUUUGUAAGCACUUCCGUUUCUGGUCACACCACAGCAGUUCCCGCUUUACUCCCGGUCCUCAUUACACACACCUGUUUAAAAUCAGUAGUCAACCUCUUGUAUUUAACCACCACCUGUUUCCUUAGUUCUCCGCCAGAUCGUUGUACCCCUACCGUCACUUUCCAGCAUUCCAUUGAGAGCUCAUUUCGUGUUUGACCCCGCUCCGUAUUUUUUCGACUUCUGAUUCUCGUCUGAUCCUGACCUGGUAUUGUACACUGUGAAUUAUGUUACCGACCCGUGCCUGUCCUCUGGAAGUGAUUGAGCCUGCUCCUUCUGUGCCGAUCCCCUCAUGCUUUCAAGUGUAUGACCCCGGCUGUUUUGAGACUAUGAUUCCCGCAAUAAAGCCCUUUACUUAAUCCAUAUGUCUGCUGCGUUUCGCUGUGCAUGUGGGUCCGAUCUCCACCAAAACCUGACAUAGUGUUUGAGAACUGUGACCAUUUUUUCAACGCCCACAAGAGGGCUACAACGCUGCCUGCUGUGAAAUGAACAAAUGACUUAGUCACAGACAAACUGCUGCUACAGCUGUUAUCCAGUGUAACAGGGUUUUUGUAUUAUUCUCUGUUCAUGUGGUGCAUCAGAGAUUAAACACAAAGGUCAUUAUUCAUGUAAUAAAGUAAGAAACACAAACAACAACCACUGAAACAACUAACAAGAAAAAUGAUUAAAAAAACAUGACUUAUUAUUUAAAGCAUGGAGAUAUUCAUCAACUAUAGUUUGUUUUCUAAUUGAACUUCUAAAUAAACCAGUGGUGUUAUAUUUGUUGAUGCUACAAGUAGCCUUUGUCACAACUCCAGGAAGAAGGACCCAAAUGCACAGCGUGACUAGAGUAAAAACGGCAGUUUAAUGUGUUCGUGGUCAGGCAGGCAGAUGUCAUACACGAUACAGGCAAAAACAAGGUUUGACAGGAAGUAGGCAAAAGCGAGGUCAAACACAGGCAAUGGUCAAACUCACGGCUCACUAUUACCAGAGGCUGGACAAGAGACAAAAACGACUAGAACAAAACCAGAUCAUACACUGGGACUGGACACAAAGUAGCGCAGGAACGUUGGUCAUAACACACAAACACAGACAAUCCAGCAAGGUGCUGGCAUGAGGUGGUGCUUAAAUGCAGGUGGGUUGAUUACCAAUAGGACACAGGUGAGUUAACUAGAAACCGAAGUGAAGCUGGAACUGCUGGUGGUGGUGAUGAAACAGGAAGUAGUGACAAAAUAAAACCGGAAAUGAACCGAAACCGUGACUGAAUGACUUGAGCUGUGACAGAACCCCUCUGUUUAGGGCGGAUUCCUAGACGACCAAAACAGCUCUGCAGCCACCAGGUCGAAACGGCACCUUCCGUAUAUUAACUCAUGUCCAGAAUAGUUCCAGUCCGAUGAUAUGAAGAUGUGUUGAUGUGUCUGCUGAAACAGCAGCUGAUCACACUUGUCUCAUUCUUUCUACAAUGGAAAUCAGAAAGCUCCUUUUCUCGUUGCAGAAGUUCCCCUAAAUCGGAUGCUUUUAUUUCACUCUUCUGUCCAGUUCAUCUCAAACCAGCUGGAUGAGCUUUAAGUCUGGACAAUGUUCUUGUCUUUAUGAUUUCAAACAGUCUCUCUGCUUCUUCUUUCCUGAGGUCUUAUUCUGACGUCUUUCUGCCAUAAAGUCAUAACCUGAAAUUACCAAAACACGAAGACUGGAAUUUUGGUAGUAUUUAUUCUAAAAAUGUCGAACUCAAGUGUAAUCUUUGCACCAUUCAAUGAACUCUUUAUAGAUUUAUAACAGCUGCUUCCUCUGCCUCCCACUGUCUGACUGCAUCCAGCUGACACUGAUAUGAACCACAGAAGAAGAGACAAUCAGUGGAGGAGCACCUGAUGAUGAUGAAGGAUUUGAGUUGAUGUAAAGAUGAAUGAUUUGUGUUUCUUCUCCACAUGAAGGUAGAAAGUGUGAAUCCAGCAGCAUGAACCAGUUUGAGGACAGAGAGGAGGGAGCCCCUCCCACUAAAACCAGAAGAAUGGAGAUAAAGAGAAAAGAUCAGAGGUCCCAUCAGAGACGAGGAUCUGCUGGACCUGGACCUGGACCUGAACCUGGACCUGGACCCAGCUGUGUGUCCUUCAAGAGCGACCGGUCAAAGGACCUCAGUAUUAAUUUCAAAGACCGACCUGUACCAGACUCACAAGUGGACCAGCAGAGCUCAGAGGUUCCCAGUGCUCAGUCUGUCCAGCAGCACCAAACACAGCUGGACUCCAUAUUUAUGCUGCUGGAGGAAAACGUUGUCACGUUUGUGAAGAAGGAGCUGAAGAAGAUGCAGAAGGUUCUGAGUCCAGAUUACCCAGAAUGCUUAGAGAGUCAGAGGGAGGAUGAGGAGGAGUUGGAUGGUGAGGAUGAAGAGCAGAGGAGGAGCAGCAGAGACGCGUUUUUGAAGAUCACAGUGAACUUCCUGAGGAGGAUGAAGCAGGAGGAGCUGGCUGACUGUCUGCAGAAUCCAAUGGUCCCAGUACCAGAGCCACAGCCCAUCACAUAUUACCAGCAGAUGCUUCAAUCAAACCUCCAAGACCAGUUUGUGUGUGUGAAACCAGGCUGGUCAGAAGUCGACCAACAUCUGGAUGACAUCUACACAGAGCUGUACAUCACAGCUGGGCCGGACUCACACAUCAACACACAGCAUGAGGUCCAACAGGUUGAGACGACACAGCAGAAGCAAAGAUCAGCAGAGGAGCCAGUGAAGCCCAGUGACCUGUUCAAACAUCCCCCUGGUAAAUACAGACGCAUCAGAACAGUGUUGACCAAUGGAAUCGCUGGGAUUGGAAAAACAGUCUUUGUGACCAAGUUUGUGUUGGACUGGACCCAACAAAGGUCCAAUCAAGACGUGCACCUGAUUUUCCCCUUCACCUUCCGUCGGCUGAAUCCACUGAAGGGACAGAAGUUUAGUUUGUCAGAGCUCAUUCAUGAAUGUAUCCCAGAAACUGAGUCCAUCAGCCUGGAGGCUCUGAAUUACAUCUUUACACAUCUACAGUCAUCAGGAAACAGCAACUUUGACAAGAGCAGGUUCAAACUCCUGUUUGUGUUUGAUGGACUGGACGAGAGUCGCCUCCAACUGGACUGUAGCACCAGUGAGAAGGAGACGGGUCAACGUGACGUCACAGAGUCCACCUCAGUGGAUGAGCUGCUGACAAACCUCAUCAGAGGAAAACUACUACGCUCUGCUCGCAUCUGGAUCACCACACGACCUGCAGCAGCCAAUCAGAUUCAUGGAGACUUUGUUGAGGUGGUGACGGAGGUCAGAGGGUUCACUGACCCACAGAAGGAGGAGUUCUUCAGGAAGAGAUUCACAGAUGAGGAGCAGAGCAACACAAUCAUGUCCCACAUCAAGACGGCACGAAGCCUCCACAUCAUGUGCCACAUCCCAGUCUUCUGCUGGAUCACUGCUACGGUUCUGGAGGAUCUGCUGGAAACCAGAGAGGGAGGAGAGCUGCCCAAGACCCUGACGGAGAUGUACGCAGAGUUCCUGGGGUUUCAGAUGGAUCGGACUAAAGACAAGUACGGACCAGAACAGAGCAGCAACUACAUCAAGUCAUUGGCUAAACUGGCUUUUAAGCAGCUGCUAAAGGGAAACUUGAUCUUCUAUGAGGAAGAUCUGAAAGAGAGCGGCAUCGAUGUCAGAGGAGCCUCAGUGUGUUCAGGAGUGUUCACACAGAUCUUUAAACAGGAGCGAGGGAGGAAAACCAAGGACAAGAUGUUCAGCUUUGUUCAUCUGAGCGUUCAGGAGUUUCUGGCUGCUGUUCACAUGAUGCUCUGUUACACCAACGGGAAGAUGGAGGAACUGGAGGAGUUUCUGAGGAAAGACUGGGAUGAUGAUGAGGAGGAGGAUGAUGGUGUUUUCUUUUUGAGGAAAGUCUGGACAUAUGAACAUCAUAAUUCUUCUUCUAUUUAUUAUUAUAACAAAGUUUAUUCAUCUCUGGAAGAUGUCCUGAGUAGAACCAUGUCUAACUCCCUCCACAGUCCAAGUGGCCACCUGGACCUGUUUGUUCGCUUCCUUCAUGGCCUCUGUCUGGAGUCCAACCAGAGAAUCUUAGGAGGUUUGCUGGGUCACAGAAAGAUCAGUCCAGAAACCAUCCAGAGAAUCAUCAAUAACCUGAAGGAGAUGAACAGUGAUAGAAUCUGUCCAGACAGAAGCAUCAACAUCUUCCACUCUCUGAUGGAGAUGAACGACCACUCAGUCCAUCAGCAGAUCCAAGAGUUCCUGAAGUCAGAGAACAGAUCAGAGAAGGAACUCUCCUUGAUCCAGUGCUCAGCUCUGGCCUACAUGCUGCAGAUGUCAGAGGAGGUUCUGGAUGAGUUGGACCUGGACCAGUACAAGACAUCAUGGGAGGGACGACGGAGACUGAUUCCAGCUGUGAGGAACUGCAGAAAGGCUCAACUUAUUAACUGUGGACUCACAAAGACUCACUGUGAAGUUGUGGCCUCAGCUCUGAAGUCCAACCCAUCACAUCUGACACAUCUGGACCUGAGCUUCAACAACCUUCAACAUUCAUCAGUGAAGGUUCUGUGUGCUGGACUGGAGAGUCCUCACUGUCGACUGGAGACUCUGAGAUUGAGUUCCUGCAGUUUGUCAGAGAUCAGCUGUGAUUCUCUGGUCUCAGAUCUGAAGUCCAACCCGUCACAUCUGACACAACUGGACCUGACUAACAACGACCUGGACGAUUCAGGAGUGAAGCAUCUGUGUGGUUUUCUGGAGAGUCGUCACUGUCGACUGGAGACUCUGAGAUUGAUGAGCUGCAGGUUGUCAGAGAUCAGCUGUGAUUCUCUGGUCUCAGCUCUGAAGUCCAACCCGUCACAUCUGACACAACUGGACCUGAGCUACAACAAGCUGCAGGAUUCAGGAGUGAAGCAUCUGUGUGUUUUUCUGCAGAGUCGUCACUGUCGACUGGAGACUCUGAGAUUGAGUCACUGCAGUUUGUCAGAGAUCAGCUGUGAUUCUCUGGUCUCAGCUCUGAAGUCCAACCCGUCACAUCUGACACAACUGGACCUGAGCUGGAACAAGCUGCAGGAUUCAGGAGUGAAGCGUCUGUGUGGUUUUCUGAGGAGUCGUCGCUGUCGACUGGAGACUCUGGGAUUGUGGGGCUGCAGUUUGUCAGAGAUCAGCUGUGAUUCUCUGGUCUCAGCUCUGAAGUCCAACCCGUCACAUCUGACACAACUGGACCUGAGAUACAACAACCUGCAGGAUUCAUCAGUGAAGCGUCUUCUUGCCCUGAAGCAGAGUCCAGACUGUGGACUGCAGACUCUGAGCUGGAGAUGAUCCAGAUGUAGAAGCAGCAGCAGUGUGUGUAGAGGUUCUGACUGGUUGAUGUUACUGGGAGCAGUGCUUCAUCCACAACUGACUGACAGAGGAACCAGAACCAGUGGAGACGACUCUGUGUGAACUGAUCUGAGACCAGCUGCUCUGUGUCCAGUCCACCAGGAUCAUGUUGGAAAUGAAGUGUGUGGUGCAGUAGUUAGAUAUCGGGGACAGGGUUGACUGUAAUUCUGUCAAAAAACCUAAAAUAUUUUUAUGCGUAUAAUUCACUAACUCGCUUUCAUUUUUGUAUAAACAGUGUUUUCACACAUUAAUGCUCUAGUGUUGUAAUAUGAAGUAGACGUUCUGGUCACAGACAGAUUGUUAAUAAAGAAUCUAUCCUGUAUAACCUGUGUCCUCGUUGCUGCUCUUUGACAUUUUACUUUUCAUUUUCUUUAUUUUCUUUACCAAUAACAGUUUGAUGUCGUACAGAAAAGCUCACAAACAAGAAAACAAAAACAAGAAGUCAUUGAAUAACUUUAGAAAUUGACCAGAAUGAAUGAGAGAAGCUGCCGGCUUCAUUGAAGUGAUGGUGACUCUAACACAAAUGCGACAAAACUGUCAUAGUUCACGAUUAUUCACUGUCAUACUCAUUUCCGGUUUUAUUUUUGUACCACUUCCUGCCCAGCAUUCAUAUCCAGUUAAUCCAGCUUUCUUUCCAGUUUUAGUUAACUCACCUGUUUCCUACUAGUAAUCUACUCACCUGUAUUUAAGCACCACCUCUCACCAUAGCACCUUGCUAGAUUGCCUGCAUUGUCUUGACCAGCAUUCCAGCAUUAUCUUGUAUCUCAUGUUCCUGUAUGACCCAGUUUUGUUACCCUACCUUGUCUCUAGUCCAGCCUUUGACAGUCCUGAGCCGUAAGUCUGACCAUUGCCUGUUUUUGACCUCGCCUACUCCCCGUCGGAUCCUGUUUUUGCCUGCACCAUGUAUGACCUCUGCCUGCCUGAACUUGACCAUUAAACUA